AUGCCAGGCGACACCUCUGGUCUCAACGAGGAAGAAUUCAACCAGUUCAAGCGCUAUGAGGACUUUACGACUAUUGACUGGAUAGAGGACUCUAUCAUUGAGCGGAAUAAACGUCUUCGAACAUCCAAGCAUGUUUACGCCUCUUCUAGAGGUCCGAAUGGAGAGAUCACCCUACAUUGGUUAUGGUCCAAGGCGCGGAAGGUGAUGGAUGCUUGUCAGACGUGGGUAAUUGUCAGUCUUGUUGGAGCCGGAAUUGGUGUCAAUGCUGCCAUUAUAUCCAUCGUGACUGCAUGGCUCUCGGACAUUAAGAUGGGAUAUUGCUCGGAUGGCUGGUGGUUGAAUCAGCAGUUCUGUUGUUGGGAGGUUGAGGGCAAUGAGGAGAGCCCUUGUGAUUCAUGGCACAUGUGGAGUGAUGUUUCUAUUGCGCGGUGGUUCAUCUAUGUAUUGUUCGCGGGCAUCUUCUCGUUCGUCGCUUCCCACCUAGUCAAGUCUCUGGCGAAGUAUGCUGCGGGCUCUGGUAUAUCUGAGAUCAAGUGUAUCCUGGCGGGUUUCAUCAUGAAGGGAUUCUUGGGUUUUUGGACAUUCCUGAUCAAAAGUUUAACGCUUCCUCUUGUAAUAGCAUCUGGACUGUCCGUAGGCAAGGAGGGACCGUCGGUGCAUCUUGCUUGUACGAUAGGGAAUUUAGUAGCCAGCAUGUUCGGCAGCUUCUCGAAGAAUCAAAGCAAGAUGAGGGACCUCCUUACUGCCGCAAGUGCUGCUGGAGUGGCGGUGGCUUUUGGCUCCCCAAUCGGCGGUGUGCUCUUCUCCAUCGAGGAAAUGAGCCCAUCGUUCUCCAUCAAGACGAUGUGGCGUAGCUUCCUGUGCGCACUGGUCGCUACUGUGACAUUAUCAGCGAUGAACCCUUUCCGAACAGGAAAGCUGGUACUGUUCCAGGUCACUUACGAUCGGGAUUGGCAUUUCUUCGAGAUUAUAUUCUUCAUCAUCCUCGGAGUCUUUGGGGGUUUGUAUGGAGCCUUCGUCAUUAAGUUCAACCUGCAAGUCGCCGAAUUUCGACGAAAACAUCUCGCGAAGCACGGAAUCGCCGAAGCUGUCACACUUGCUGUCAUCACGGCCAUCAUAGGAUACUUCAACCGAUUCUUGCGAAUUGACAUGACCGAGAGUAUGUCCAUCCUGUUCAGGGAGUGCGAGAGCGGGGGGGAUCAUGAUGGUCUUUGUCGGACCCCUCUUCAGUGGCGCAUGGCGAACUCCUUACUUUUGGCGACACUUAUUCGAACUCUUUUGGUUAUCGUCUCAUAUGGAUGCAAAGUCCCGGCUGGGAUUUUCGUUCCCUCUAUGGCGAUCGGCGCUAGCUUUGGCCGUAUGGUCGGGAUCAUGGUGAAAGCCUUGAAUCAGGCCUACCCGACUUCAGGUAUAUUUGCGGUGUGUCAACCAGACGUACCUUGUAUCACCCCGGGCACAUAUGCGUUUCUCGGUGCUGCUGCAGCUCUCAGCGGCAUCAUGAGGAUCACAGUCACGGUCGUGGUCAUCAUGUUUGAGCUUACCGGCGCCCUCACUUACAUCUUACCUACCAUGAUUGUGUUGCUGGUGACGAAGGCAGUUGGCGACCUCCUGGGAGUCACUGGCAUUGCGGACGAGAUGAUCCGCUUUAACGGAUAUCCAUUUUUGGAGAAGGAUGACCACGUCUAUGAUGUACCAGUGGCGAAAGUGAUGCGGCGCGAUCUGCACACUUUGCAAAGUACAGGCAUGACCCUAAGCGAGGUUGAGGCACGCCUAUCUGAGACGACAGUCAAAGGGCUGCCCGUUGUCUCUAAUGAUGGUAAUCGCACCAUGAUGGGUUAUGUUGGCAGGAUGGAAUUGCGCUACGUUAUAGAGCAAGCUCGACGGUUACAAGACCUGCCACCAGAUAUGAUAUGCUCCUUUACUCCAGAUACAUCAUCCGAGCAAGACGCUCACUGGUCAGCAGUCGGCAUCGACGAAGACCUCGCAGCAAACAUUAUAUUCUCGACUUCGACACCAGGGCUGCUAAAGCUCUGGCCAUGGGUUAACCAAGCUCCAUUGACCGUAUCGUCCCAACUUCCACUAGAGAUUGUGAUGCAGCUAUUCAAACGUAUGGGGCCUCGUGUCAUCCUUGUUGAGGAUUAUGGCUCGCUCGUCGGGCUAGUCACCGUAAAAGAUGUCCUUCAACUAACACCUAACGAACAGCUCCAUAGUCCGGGCCUAUCAUGGAGGAGUGCGUCGGGUGGGCUUGAGGGAGCACUAGAGGAAGUGUUGAUGUGGAUUCAUCAGGCGAGAGAUUCGCUGGUAGAGAGGUAUCAUCGGGUGUUCAGUAGACGGUGA